CGCGAAAAAUACAGUCAUUUAGUGGAAGUUUUCUCGCUUUAACAACACAACGUAGUCAGCAAAGUGCGGAAGAGUAGGAAAAAAAGUUAAAAAGUUGCGUCGGCGUGCCACCCGCGUGUGGAGUGGAGGCUCGGUCAAAACUUUGUCAAUAUGAAACUUUUGUUGACACUUUUGACCGUCGCCGGGCUCUUCACAAGCCACGCACUGGCCGGCGCCAUCGGCAAGGGUUCGAUCGAAAUCCCGGAGCAGUUCCGGGGCCCGAUCAAGAUGCUGCACAAGAUUUGCGUGGCCGAGUCCGGUGCGUCGGAGGACAGCCUGAAAAAGUGCAUCGACGGGACGAUCCACGACGAGCGGGGCGUCAAGUGCUACAUCCACUGUCUGUUCGACAAGGUCGAGGUCAUCGAGGAGGGCACCGGCCGGAUUCUGCUGGACCGGCUGGCGCCGCUGGCCCCGAGCAACGAGAUCAAGGACGCACUGGAGCACCUGACGCGCGAGUGUGGCCACAUUUCUAAAUUGCUAAUUUCAGCUCAUGAAGACUCUUGCGACACGGCUUACGAGGUGGCCAAGUGUUACUUUGCUGCCCACGACGAUGUCAUCAAAUUCUGUCAUCUGCUGAUGGCCGACCAUUGAUAUGGAAAUCAUUCAAAUUGGAUCAUCGAUAACUGGACCCCUCGGCAAACGGAUUAAUGGAAUUCUCUCCGGACUCUCACCGCGCAGCUGCAAUACUAAACAUAGAUUAAGUAAGAUUUAGCAUUCAGUCAAGUUCAACGACAAACGGCGUACGCACAGGACCACCUCGCAAUCAACUAAACAACAACGGGAAAAGUUUGCCCUAUUUUGUACAAUAUUUUAAGCUCAGAACGAAGUAAAUAAAGACCAUCGUUUUGCCUUA